AUGCUCCCUUUCUUGUUGAUUAUUCUGCUACAAACUGUCGACAUCGCCACACAUGGCGUCAGAGAAAGAGCUCAGGUUAGUUAACUGUGGAUUUUUCGAACUGAAACAAAGAUGAUUGAAAAAAUAAACUAAUAAUAAAGUUCCUUCAAAAGUUAUUGAAUAGCUGACAGAAGAGCUCAAUUUUUUCAUUAUGAAUAUUCGAUCUCAUCGAAAGUUGAAAUAAUCAUCGCUCGCUAAAGAUUACUAUGUAAGAACUCGAAAGUUUGAUUUUUUCAAGAGAAGCUUUAAAAAAAAGGUGCGAAUUUGCGUAAUGAACCUUUAAAAUUUACUCGGACCUCGACAGCGAAACCCGGACGUGCUGCGGACGUUUCUGAGCAAGUCUAAGAAUCACUUGCUGAAAAUAAAUUUAAUUUUCUUUUUUUCAAAUGAAAAAAAAGACUUCCUAGAAUCCUCGCCUUUUAAAACUUCAUUACUCAUUUUAUUUUUUUUUACUAUCAACUUUUUACAAAGUAAAAUAAAAAAAAAAAAUAGGAUAUUCAGCGUCGUCUAAGAGUGGAGCCAUCGGAGGCGACGUACGCUUGUCCACUGAACAAUGAUUUCUACUACAACGGUGUCAUUUCAUCGCCUAACUAUCCGAAUAUGUACCCUCCCAGCACCAAAUGCUAUUAUUACAUCACUGCCGAACCUGGGAAAGUACUCAGGUAAAAAAAUUGUUUUUUUAUAAAAAGAGCGCAAUGCUUCAACUUUUUUUCCAGAGUAGAAACACAUAUCAAACUCCUUCCUCCGAAAAUAAUAAUGUAUUUUCUCUUACAAAAAAAAAACUUUCAAGCGGAAUCAUCUUUUUUGCCGCUCAUGGACGAUUAUAUUCUUUUUGAAAAUUCGAAGACUCAAUUAUAUCAACUUUUUGAAAUCAAGAGGACUCUCCAUAUCUUUUGUAGUCUAUCACUUAUCAUGAAACUUGCUACACUUGGAGCUUUAAAAGCUUUAUUCUACAAAAAUCUUUUAGCCGAUCAUAAUGUUUUCUAACUAAACGCAUCUUUUUUCAGUUUCAAAUUUUCUCAAUACGACCUGGAAACGUGUUGCGACUACGUAACGAUCUACGACGGCCCGUCUGUCAAUAACAAAAUUCUGGCCCAGUGUGUUUCCAAUUAGUUGAAUUAAUGUCAGAAAUAAUAUCAGAUUCGGCGGGCCGAAGUCCAACUUAACGUCGCCAAUCGGUACUUACUUGACUAUGACUCGAAACGCUGUCGUGACCUUCCAAAGCAACGAAGUUAUUCAGAAGUCCGGCUUUUCGUUCACCUACAACUCGACGUUGUGUACGGCUCAGUUGUUCACAUAUUGAUAUCAUUCCUUUGGUUUCAGCUGCAACUCCUUGCAAUCGCGACGUCCUUCUGGUUAUCAAUGGGAUGGCUGCGGUGGGAACGCAGAGCAACUUUCAGAAGGCUCUCGAUUGUGACAAGAGAAACGUUACAGUUUAAAUCAGUUUUAGCAAUUACAAUUCAUAGCCAACAAGCUGACUCCGACUUGGCAAAUCGGAGCUGACAAAGUUCGGGCUAUGAUCGCUUUACUGGUACUUUUUGAAAAUGGUUUUUGACUCAAACUUUAGGGGUAGAUUUUUAGUGGGCUUUUCAAUAUGUUUACUGCAAAAUGUCUUCCUAUUUUUCAAUGUUAAACAGAGUUUGAAUGCAAUUUGAAAUUUCUUUCUAAAAGCUCAUGUAAUUUUGAGACCGGAAUCAACUACAGCACAAUCUUUGGAUUCGAGGACAUGCCGACCAACUCGAAUCUUUCGCAGACCGUCCUUUCGCUCACCAAUAAAGUCCCUGAUGUAACUCAGAAUAACAAGACUGAUCUUGAAUGGUUUUUUUUUACGUGUUUCUUCUUUUUCUAUUAGCAAAAAAUGUUCAGUCUAUUCCGAUAUACGCACGACUUGUUGGAUAAAAUGUGGAAAAAGGACUUUGAUCGACGCGAUGGAAUAGAACAAGUCGCCAUUGUCUUUGUCGCCUCAAAUGCCAAGUAAGUCGAUCUUUCAGCCAGACAUUUCCCAUGUCCGAUAUACAGCUCGGAGCAAGAUUUCUACAAGGCUAUGGAGUUCUCGCACCUCACAAGAACUGCGGAAGACACGAAAAUCAUAAUUGUCGGGAUGGGCAACUCGCUGGAGCAGCAGCAGAUCUCCCAGCUUGCCUACGCAAAUGGUUUCGCAUUUUUCUCCGGCUACGAUCAGCUGGACUCUUUGGUCUCUUCUAUCAACGAUGCUCUGUGCAGAGGCCUCAACUCACAAUGUGGUCCUUGAAUGAAAAACAAUGAACUUUUCAACUGGAAAGUCUUCUAUUCACAUGCACGAAAAAGUAUAACUUUUUCGCGGAGGUUUGGAAGAAGACAGUUCGGUCAUCUCUGUACUCAAAAAACACUCUUUACAUGGCGCUAUUUGUCUCCCUCUCUAAUUGAGCCGAUAACUGGCUCGGUCGCCAGGUUUCACUCAAUUUUUCGGCUCCCACAAGCCAAAGAAACUACCAACAUUUUUUCAUAGAGUAAACUUCUGAGCACAGAGAAAAAAAAAGGAAAAGUUAGUAAAAGCUCGUUUUGUUUGAUCCUUUGGAAAUUAAAAGUUUGGUUGAGUUCUGAAAUAUUGCAUCUGCUCAGAAUUUCUAAUCGAAAAACUUUUUCUAUUUGAACCUCUCCUUAGUUCUUUGAACAAUGAAGAGUAAAAAAAAACCUUUUUUUUUAGUAUUUUUCGAGUUGAGCUCUGUUAAAAAAUCGAUACAUUUUCUUCUUAUUUACUUGCCACAGCCCCGAGAAAUCAAAAAACUUUAAAGUGAAAAAUAACUAACCGAAAAUAUCCGCCCUGACCCUAAAAUAAAGUCUUCCUAGAAAGGGGCUAUUGAAAUGUGUAUUCAAAAAAAGAUGGGUACGUCUUGCGUGCAGAUAAUUGUGGGUGCGGAUAAAUAUCUUCUCAAUUUCAGCUUUCUGUCUUGAGAAACGUUUUUUUUUGCGAUUUGAAAAAAAAAAGGUUCCUUCCGCAUCGGAAUGGAUUGCAACUUUGCUGCUGAAAUGGUCAACGACCCGCUUUUGAAUUCGGCUAUGAUUCUCCAAACAAUUUUAUGCCUUCUUUCCUUCUUUUCUAAUUAUCGCCUACUUCUGUUUUCCGAAAAAACCACUUACUUCCAUCCUAACUUCAGGGUGAGUUGAUUAAAAUAAGUCAGAAAAAUGGAAUGAAGUGGUUUUUUCGCUUUUCGUCCGAAGCCUGGUUGUGAUCAACUCCCUCCACUCCGUCCUACUCAUUAUUAUAGCGGUAAGUCGAAUCGAAAACUUUUUUGAAUUUGGCUGACCUGAUGACAUCAAGCCAAUGGAUUUUCUACCUCGAACCUGAAUUCUUUCGUGAUAUUACCUCUUCAAUAUGGGAAAUCUUAACGGAUUUGAACUACUAAACUCAAAUUUAUUCUCUAGGCGACCCAAUUUCUAAUAUGGCGACUCAACCAACCCUGCGACGCCUUAUUAUCAUCUACAGUUUGCUUCGCUUUCCGUCUCCCUCUCAUGUUUUGCUUCUUGCGAGUUUUUCUUUGGCAUUCUCAGGCAUUUCAAAAAAUGGAAUUGUAGUUUCAGUUUUUGUGAUAGAACGUUUUCAGAAUGAGCUCGUUGUUGCACUGCGGGAUGAGCAUUGAAAGGUCGCUGGCCACGGUUUUCAAGAACAAUUAUGCCGACUACACAUCCACCAGCGGCUAUUUCAUCAUUAGUGUGAUGGUGGAUUUGAGCUUUGAAUGCUUUUUCAAAAGAAGAAUAUAGACGUGUCUGGGGAUCCUUUUCGUGGUGGCGGCGCUCCAUAAAUGGCCACUCGGCGUCCCGAACAUCUACUGUUCUGGAGCCCCGAACGAAGUUCUGAUGGACCUUUCCAUGGUGACGGCUACUCUCGGAAUCCUCGAGCUCAUUGCUUUCAUCUACAUGCUCGGGCUCUUCUUUGUCAACCUCCGACAGCUCAAAGCGUUGGUUCACUCAUUUAUCCUUUCGUAAAUUAGCUGGAUAUUGAAAUUCCAUUCUACUAAUUGCAGGCAAAACUACAGCAACCUUCAGCGGAAAAGUCAGUUGACAGAGAACGUGGCAGCCUUCAAGCUGAUCCUGCCGCUUCAUAUCUUCCACAUGAUUUUCUUCGUCUCCUUUCACUCGGUCGGAGCAUAUCUCUUCAAGCUGAAGUCCAUGUUCUCCUCUGAGACCGGCUUCCGAGGAUUUGUAGCGGCUGCUUAUGUGAGUUCAAAGGCUCCAAAUCACUCCAAUAUCAUCCUUUUUCAGUUGAUCCCUCUCUAUACAUUUCUAUCGCCUCUGAUCGUGCAUCAAAUUCUGCGACGAGGCGCUCAGAUGCGGAAAAGACGGCUGACCGCAGUUCGGCACGUAGAAAAGAACGAGAAAGACGUUUACUUCGGAAUGUAUCAAGAACUGUGGAAAUAG